AUGACAAAAGAUACAGAAACCAAAUCAUAUCCUGACGUCGCCGCUUUCGACUUGGACUUCACAGUUUGGCCAUGUUAUUGUGAUACAAACCUUUCACCACCUUUCAAAGAAGUUUAUAACAAAAAUAAAGAAGUUCAUACAUUAGUGGAUAGCUGUGGGUACAAAUUAUCUUUCUAUAAAGAUAUUCCUAAGAUUAUUAUCGAUUUGAAAAAAAAUGGUGUUAGGAUUGUAUCUGCUUCAAGAACAUGGGCUCCAGAAAUUGCCAAACAGUGUUUAAGACAAUUUAAAAUUGAAUAUGAGGGACAAAUUAUACCAAUGAUUGAAUUGUUUGAUGAUUUACAAUGGGGAGAAAGAAGUAAAAUUGGUCAUUUAAAAGAUGCUUUGGUAAAUAUUUAUGGACAUAAUGAUUUGAAGCUAUUGAAAGUUUGUUUAUUCGAUGAUGAAAGUAGAAAUAAAGAUGUAGAACGUUAUGGUGUUAAAUUCAUAUAUGUUAAAGACUCUAAACAUGGACCAAGUUGGCAAUUGUACCAAAAUUAUUUGGAUGAAUAUGACAUUGAUCUAGCUUAA